AUGGCGACCAAAGCAGCGUAUAAGCGGCUCACCCGUGAAUACCAAAAUAUUCAAAAGAAUCCCCCUCCAUUCAUCAUUGCGCACCCUUCAGAGUCGAACAUUCUCGAAUGGCAUUACAUCCUUACCGGUCCUCCGGGGACACCAUACGAGAACGGACAGUACUGGGGUACUCUAGUGUUCCCUCCCGAAUAUCCUUUCGCGCCCCCAGCGAUUCGCAUGCAUACCCCAAGUGGUCGAUUCCAGCCAUCUACUCGACUUUGCCUCAGCAUCAGUGACUUCCAUCCUAAGUCUUUCAACCCAGCGUGGGAGGUGUCGACAAUUCUUAUCGGUCUUCUUUCUUUUAUGACCAGUGAGGAGAUGACCACUGGUAGCGUUAGUGCAUCUGAGCCGGAACGAAGGGUGCUGGCGGCGCGAUCGCGAUGGUGGAACUCCACUGGAGGGGGCUCUCAUGUCAAUGCCACCCCGGGAGUGAUACCUACAGCGAAGGGGAUCAACAACGUGAAGGCUGGUGAUGGCGGGCUGAAGUUUCGCACUGAGUGGCCGGAAUUGGACCAAGAAAAUUGGAAAUGGAUGAAGGAUAACCGUAUCGACUCGACCACUGGACAACUCAUUCCCGACCCGAAUGCGGCGGCGAAUGAAUGCUCCCCAGAGACUACUGCACUGCGCAGACGUGCUUAUGGUACUAGCAAUCGGAUCGGAAAUGUUAUGGAAGGAGGUCAUGUCGCACGGGAGGCUGGUCAGACCUGGGUGCAACGCAAUAAGAUAUGGGUUGGUCUGGCUGUUAUUUUCGGCUACGCAUUGCUUACAAGACUGGUAAAUGAUGUUCAGGGAUAA